CUCCGCGGCUACGGAGCGGCUCGACUCGUGCCCCGACGCGAUUACGCCCUCUCCGAGCUCAAGCUGAACGGCAUCGAGGCGGAGAAACUCCUGUCCCCGACCGAGAGCACCAUAUCGGGCCUGCGGGACGUGCUCGGCCGCGUCGCGCUCGUCUCGGUGGGCGCGUGGGUGCUGUCGUCGCACCCGUCGGGCGCGCAGGUCACCGGCGUUUUGGCAACCGCCGCGGCGGCGAUUGCGAUUGACCAGGUGACCUUCGCCGGGGGGAUGGAGGCGCUCGCGCUGGACACGUUGGCGCAGGCGACGAGCAAAACGUACGUCGCCAGGCUUCGGCUCCACGAGGCGGCGCACUUUCUCGUGGCGUACCUCAUGGGCAUACUCCCGAAGGGGUACACGCUGUCAAGCUUAGAUGCGUAUAAAGAGUACGGCGCGCUCAACGUCCAAGCCGGUUGCGCCUUCUGCGACGGGGCGUUCCAGGCGGAGGUUGCCAAGGGGAAGAUAACCAGCGGGUCGUUGGGGCGGUUCAGCUGCGUGGCGCUGGCGGGCAUAGGGAUGGAGUACGUGGCGUACGGGUUCGCGGAGGGGGGCGUCGCCGACGUGAGGCAGCUGGACGGGAUGCUGCGGGCGCUGGCGUUUUCGCAGAAGAAGAGCGACAGCGAGGUGCGGUGGGCGGUGCUCAACACGAUAUCGAUCCUGCGGAGGCACGAGGGGACGGUGCGGAAGCUGAGCGAACGAAUGGCUGCGGGGGCGUCCGUCGGCGAGUGCAUCCGGCUCAUAGAGGACAGCCUCGAC